AGGCCGGCAAGGAUCCAGCAAGAUUGAAAAACACGGGGAUAACAUCAGAAACAAGGAGUGACAGGAAACAGAGAGGGAAAGGGGUGGCGGAGGGGGGCCUGCGCAGCCCAAAACAUCAGGGGAAAAAGUUUUAGGGUUCGGGCAGGUACGAGAAAGAAGUCCAGAAGGAGUGGCCAAGGUUGGACGCAGGUGAGAAGGACAGGUUUCUGUUUGGGAGCAUCAAUCUGAACCCACUGGUCUGCUUCCAUCAGGCUCUGGGGAGCACUCUGCCCCCUUGUUCUGGCUCUACAAUGGUCUACAGAAGUGGACCAAGAUGGACCACCCUGCAAAGACUGGAAAAGGACCUCCCGAUUAGUUUUGAACAGGACAGCAACGAAAUGAGCUCCCACAGAUCCAAGAGGACCCUCUGCAAUGGAUACAGCCACCAUUCCAGCUUAUCCCUUGCCACUCUGGAGUGCCACGCGCAGCUAGUUACGGCUGGCCAAAGCUGUCAGACUGGGUCCAGCACUAUGAGGUGGGGCAAGUGUCAGAAGGCGCAACACAACAGCGCCUCUGUGAGGGACUGCUUGAGAGAAUGCGGCUUUGUGGCCAACCUCCGCCAGACCCAGACACCCCUCCCUUCUAGGAAAUGUGCUCUGGAGUUGCCGACACAGUUCAUAGGUCAAAGAAACUGUGGAGCGCCUGUUUGUGUGGUGGACCAACAAUCCGGCUCUGUUAGAGAGUUGCAGCCUUCUGGGCAGACUGAGGCAAACCAGCACACCUUUGACAAACGCUGCAGACUGAAAUCAAACUGUGGCAGCAAUCUAGAACCCUCCUGUGUGGACAGCGCUAAAAAGAAGUCAAUGGGACACGUAGCGGAAGAUGGUGAAGGGCCCAGGUCCAUGCAAGUUAUCUUCUCUACAGAAGUUCCGCAAGACGCCGCCCUUGAACGCCUUAAAGGCAGUUCUGAUUCGGCGAAAGGGGGCGACUCGAAGAACCGGUCCAACACCAUGGGAGAGGGCCUGAGUGGAGAAACAUACAUUUUUAGUUCGAAGAAAACACAGAGGGUUCUGCAGGACCAGAUUCGCAGAGUGGUUGUAAACCUGGAGGAUGUUCUGCAAGGCUUGAAGGAAGUCCAUCUGGAGAUGAAGGAGGUGGUCCAACAGAUUGACCUGCUGACCUCCAACAUUGACCUGGGAGAGGAGGAUGCCAAAGACACUUGUGGAGGCUCUACCAGGAGAGGACCUGCAUCAGAAGAGGCGUCAAAGAAGAUCCGCUCCGUCGGGGACAACUCUGGACGCCCCGACAGUCCACCUCGUAAUCCGUCGACAGUGCCAAGGGCCUACAAAAGGUUCCAGGCAGUUGAAAAAGACCAGCAUGAGCGUAAAACCGCCCCUCGUUUGCCCCCACCUGCGUACCCAACUGGCACAAACAGUUCAGCGCCAAAAUCAAUUCUCGGAGUGCCAGAAAGUACAGGAGCCAAAUCAGAGGCCGCUAAAGGGCCUAGGAGCCAGAAGAAGCCCCCUCCUUAUCCCUUCAGCAGCAGAGCUGGGAGGGCAGCUAAAGGGAAAGAUGCAGGCCUGAAAACUCCCCCUUACUCGGGCAGGCGAAAACUGCUUUCCACCACUGUGUAAGGGGGGCCGCUGCUUCAGGGCAGCCAGCUAGCAGAAGAUUACUCACCAGCUUUGGAAGAAGCCGGUAUCCAAGGUGA